AUGGGUAUGAUAGGUUGUAUAACAAGCUUGUUAUUUUGUAAUAGAAAUAAAAGUAUAAAAGAAAAUAAUGAUAAGAUUUUUAAUAAUAAAAAAGAAAAUAUUUCAUUUAAAAUUAAAGAAAAUCCUAUAAGAGCAUCAAAUUUAGACUCAAUCACAAGCAAUAUAAAAGAUAGUAAAUUUAAAAUUGUAAAGAAAAAAACUAGAAAAAUAAAAAAGUAUAAAAAUUUAUACUCUAAUACAGUGUCCAUGUUUAUAGCUGGAUUACAUUUAAAUAUUGAAUAA